AAACCUACCCCCUUCCUGUCCAGGUGUGUCAUUGUCAUCCUGAACCCCCGGGAGAACACGCAGACACAUAUCCUGAACACCUCCAGGAAAACCCUGAGUGCGUUGGCCUUCUCACCGGAUGGGAAGCUCAUCGUCACCGGAGAGAACGGACACCGACCAGCCGUCCGCGUGUGGGACGUGGAGGAACGGACACAGGUCUCAGAGUUGCGUGGUCACAAGCACGGCGUGGCUUGCGUCGCCUUCUCCCCCAGUGCCAAGUACCUGGUGUCGGUGGGGUACCCGCACGACAGGGUGGUCAAUGUUUGGGACUGGAAGAAGGAUUCCCUGGUCGCGUCAAACAAAGUGUCCUGCAAAGUGACAGCCGUGUCUUUCUCCGAGGACCACUACUUCGUCACCGCGGGGCACCGCCACGUCAAGUUCUGGUUCCUGGACUCAUCAAGGGAGCUGAAGAUCAAUGAGACAGUGCCACUGGUGGGACGCUCGGGGCUGCUGGGAGAGCUUCUUGACGACAUCUUCUGUGGCGUGGCCUGCGGCCGAGGGCAGAUGUUGGGCAGCACCUUCUGCGUCUCCUCCUCGGGGCUGCUCUGCAAGUUCAACAAGAAGCGGAUGCUGGAGAAAUGGAUCCUUCUGAAGGUGCCGCUGGCAACCUGCCUCUGCCUCAGUGAGGAGCUGAUAUUUUGUGGCUGCGCCAACGGCACCGUGAGGAUUUUCCAGGCUUGUGACAUGUGCUACCUAAGCGACCUCCCUAAACCUCACCCCCUGGGCGUGGAUGUCACCCAGAGCCCCCCACGGAGGUACCGCAUGGCCAAGAGGAUGACAGGGCUGGUCUACCCUGACACCAUCGCCUUGGCCUACGAUGCCUGCAACCGCUGGCUGUCCUGCGUCUACAGGGACCACAGCAUCUACGUCUGGGAUGUCAGGGACCUGCAGAACGUCAGGAAGGUGUGGUCAGACCUUUUCCACAGCUCCUUCAUCUGGAGCGUCGAGGUGUACCCUGAAUUCGAGGAGCGGAGAUCCUCUCUGCCUCCUGGCUCCUUCCUGACAUGCUCCUCAGACAACACCAUCCGCGCCUGGACCCUGGAAAAUGGCUCCACGUGCUGCAUCCAGGGCAGCGCCUACAGCACGACCCUGCUGAAUGUCAUCUACGUGGACAACAACACGCAGCACCUCCAGGACUCCUCCACCGUGCCUGACCGAAGCGAGAAUAUGGGUCACCUCGAUGUCAAAUCCGGGGUGCGGGUGAUGCAGGUCAGCCCCAACGGGGAGCAUUUGGCAUCGGGGGACAGAGGAGGAACCCUCAGGAUACACGAGCUGCAGUUCAUGCAGGAGGUGGCUAAAGUUGAGGCUCACGAUUCAGAAGUCCUUUGCCUGGAGUAUUCAAAGCUGGAGACUGGAGCAGCGCUGCUGGCUUCGGCGAGCAGAGACAGGCUGAUCCACAUCUUGAACAUAGACAAGAACUACAAGCUGGAGCAAACCCUGGACGAUCACUCCUCUGCGAUUACAUCUGUCAAAUUUGCUGGCAACGGAGACAUUCAGCUGAUAAGCUGCGGCGCUGAUAAAAGUAUUUAUUUCCGCAAUGCUCAAAAGCUCCCAGAUGGCUUCAAUUUUGUUAGGAUGCAUCACGUCGCUGAGAAAACCACCCUGUAUGACAUGGACAUUGACAUCAUGCAGAAACAUGCCGCUGUCGCCUGCCAGGACAGGAACGUCAGGGUUUACAGCACAGCCAGUGGGAAGCUGAAGUGCUGCUACAAGGGCUCGCAAGGCGACGACGGCUCCUUGCUGAAGGUGCAGCUGGAUCCCUCGGGCACCUUCCUGGCAACAAGCUGCUCCGACAAGAGCAUCGCCCUCAUCAACUUCCACUCUGGGGAGCACGUGGCAAAAAUGUUCGGCCAUUCAGAAAUAGUCACGGGGAUGCGGUUCACCUACGACUGCAAACACCUCAUCACUGUCUCAGGAGACAGUUGCAUCUUUAUUUGGCACCUGGGCCCCGAAAUCACCAGCAGCAUGAAGCAGCACUUGCUGGAGCUCAAUCUGCUGCAGCCAAAGCAGGUGGAACCCAGUCCCCCAGCACUGCUCAGGCAGGAGACCUACAUCACGGUCCCCGGUGGGACAGCAACCCCCGGUGCUGGCAGAGCUUCUGCCGAGGAGGGAGAUGAGGCCUCAUCCCCACAGACCCCCUCCAAAGAGGACUUGGAGCCACCUCCAGCGUGCAUCCUAACCAACGGCAGGCUGCCCUUGUGGGCAAAGAGGCUGCUGGGAGAAGUGGAAGAAGGGGCGGUUGCCAGCCCCCCGGGGAGCUACCGGCCGCGGGGGCGAUGGGCAGAGCGCGCCCAGAGGGGCCCCAUCAAGACCUUGCCGGAGGCGGAUCCCCCCUACUUCACCCCCCUGAAACCCCACCUUGAGGGCAACAUGGAGCUUGAGCCCAGCAGCCUGGAGCACUUGCUUUCAGAGGCAGAGAGCUCUCCCAGCGACCUCACUGAGGACUUCCAGCUCUCCGAGCUCUUUCUGGACGAGAAAACCAAUGGGGGACCGGAAUCGCCAGAUACAACCAGGACCAGCCUGGAGGAGCUGGACGUGCUGGAGGCGAGCAGGCAACAUGUGAUGGAGCUGCCACUCUGCCCCGCAUACCCGGAGGAGCUUGGGAUUGGCCGGGAAGAUGCCUCAGCCUGUGUUCCGCUCUGCCUGGGAUCACUGGUGCCCUGCUACCGCUCGGAAGAUGAGGACUCGGUGGGCUCUGCCGGGGAGGCAGAGGAGCCAGAAGAGAACCCACCGCAGAGCAGCUCCCUGCCCCAGACCCCUGAGCAGGAGAAGUACCUCAAGCAGCACUUCGAGACGCUGGCGGAUGCUGAUGGAUCCCACCUCCGGGUCGAGACCUUUGCUACGGCCCUGCAGCUGCUGCGGACCAGCCUGCAGGAGAUGCUGGGGCUCUAUGACCAGGUGACCCUCUGUGCCACUGAGGAGGAUCUCCUCCAGGCGAGGACCGCACUGGCCGGCCUUUUCGGCUGGAUGAAAGCAGAGCUGCACUCCCGUGCCGUGACCUACACCACCGAUGCCGCCACUGCCACCCCAGCACCGCCACCACCGGACCCUGAGACCCUGGCACUGCUCCGCACCUACUCUGACUCCCUCAUGGAGAUG